AUGGUGACUACAAACAAUAAUACGAAAAGUAAUAAUUAUGGCUGGCGAGAAUAUUGGGGUCUUAAAAUCAACUGGACACCAAAGCACUUUACAGCAGAAGAUCUGGAACCCUUGAUACAUACGUAUGACACAGUUUCUACGGAGGCUCUCGACAAGUUAAAUAAGAUCCGGUCCUUGUCUUGCAAAAUAAAGCCUUCCGAGAACGCAAAUAGCGUACCAGGAAAAAAGAAAGCCAAACGGGAUCUCUAUGAGUUGCUUCAAGAGCACGCUUUUACCGAUGACAAAAUUGGCAGAUUAUGGAGGGAGGUCAAUACCAUUCCAGACUGGGUCGACUGGGAGCAAAUAAAAAGGGGACAGAAAGUAUUUUAUCGCUAUGGAGCGCCUGCUAUAACAACCUUGACAUUCCUAUCCCUGCUAGGCGGAAUGGGGAGCGGGCGAACUGUCGAGACUCUGGACCGUACUGGAGGUUUCAGUGUGGACGCUGUCAGACAGCGCCUGCUAGAAACCACACAGCAUACCCUGAAUGUAACCUACAACCUAGAAUCUAUAAAACCGGGCGGCGAUGGUUUUGCAGAUUCGAUUAGAGUCCGACUGCUCCACGCGGCGGUACGCCGGCGCAUUAUGCAUAUGGCUAAGAAGGAGCCUGGGUACUACGACAUGAAGAUGUACGGCGUACCGAUCAACGACCUCGACUGCAUCGGUACUAUCAAUACGUUUUCCACCGCCCUGAUAUGGAUGGGGCUUCCACGACAAGGCAUAUGGUUACGGAAACAAGAAAUCGCCGAUUACCUCGCGCUCUGGCGAUACGUGGCUUAUCUGAUGGGCACGCCUCACGACUGGAUGUCUACGCCAGAGUCAGCGCGGCGCAUGAUGGAGUCGCUGUGGGUGGCAGAAAUCAAGCCCAGCAAGGCGUCUGCAACCCUCGCCAACAACAUCAUCUCCGGCCUCCAGGACCAACCGCCGACAUAUGCCCCGAGGGAAUUCCUGUGUGCCCAGACGUACUGGCUCAACGGACGGGAGCUAUCAAGGGAGCUAGAGAUCGAGGAGCCGAGUCUGUACUACACCGCCCUCGUGGUUGGGCAGUGCAUUCUCUUUGCCACGCUUAGCUAUGUCAACCGAAGUAUUAGCUAUUUAGACGAACGGAACAUUAACCUAGCCCGUACGGCCCUGUAUAAUGUAUUACUACAGAACAAGUCCAAAGGUGCGCUGGGUUACACAACCAAGUUUAACUUCAAGUACAUACCUUCAUUGAACCGAACGACAACCGCGCGUGGUUCGGCGCCGCCGCAAGAGGGGAGGCCGAGGGCGCCGGGAAGAACCGAACGCGCGGCGCUGAUCUCGCUACUUAUUUCCGCUACCAUCGUCUGUAUUAUUUCUUUGUGGUGUUAUGCUAAAAUUGUAAGAUGGAUGGAUACUUAUUAG